GCCAAACACAGGCCGCACCAGACGCCCCUCUGCUCUGGAGGAAGAUCCAGGGCUGCCUGACCCACCUGCUCAGUCUUCAUGAUGCUCCCUGGAGCCCGGCUGUGCUGGGCUUCCCUCCUGCUCCUGGCCGGGCGCACCCAGCCCUGCCCAGUGGGCUGCGACUGCUUCAUCCGGGAGGUGUUCUGCUCAGAUGAAGGGCUGGCCACCAUCCCGCUGGACAUCCCCCCACACGCCACCGACAUCGUCUUUGUGGAGACCUCAUUCACUACAGUGGGAACCAGGGCCUUCAGCAGGAGCCCCAACCUGACCAAAGUGGUCUUCCUCAACACUCAGCUCCAUCACUUUGGGCCGGAUGCUUUUGGGGGGCUGCCCAGGCUGGAGGACCUGGAGAUCACGGGCAGUGCCUUCUCCAACCUCAGUGCCGACAUCUUCUCCAACUUGACUUCGCUGGGCAAGUUCACCCUGAACUUCAACAUGCUGGAGGCUCUGCCCGAGGGCCUCUUUCACCACAUGGAUGCCCUGGAGUCCCUCCAGCUUCAGGGGAACCGAUUUCAGACUCUGCCUGGGAGGCUCUUCCAGCCUCUGACACGUCUGAACACCCUGGACCUGGCUCAGAACCGCCUGGCCCACCUCCCCGGGGGGCUGUUGUGCAGGCUCAGCAAUCUGCAGACCCUGAAGCUGAGCAACAACAUGCUCUCGAGGCUCCCUGAGGGUGUGUUUGGCAAUCUGUGCAGACUGCAGGAGCUCUUCUUGGAUGGCAAUGCCAUCAGGGAACUGUCCCCAAAUGUCUUCUCGGGGCUCUUCUGCCUGCAGAAGCUGUGGCUGCAGCACAACGCCAUCCGUCACCUGCCACCCUCUGUCUUCUCCUCUCUGGGCAAUCUGACCUUUCUGAACCUGCAGGGCAAUGAGCUGCGGAUGCUGCCUGUGGGUCUCUUUGCCCACAACCCAGGCCUGGUGGGCCUGUCCCUGUCCCACAACCAGCUGGAGACUAUCACUGAGGGCACCUUGGCCAACCUGUCUAGCCUUGUGUCCCUGACGCUCUCUCACAACGCUAUCACCCACCUCCCGGCGGGUGUCUUCUGGGACCUCAAGGAGUUGGGUAAGCUCUACCUGGGCAGCAACAACCUGACGGUCUUGCACCCAGCCCUCUUCCAGAACCUGUCCAGGCUCGAGCUGCUCAGCCUCUCCAGGAACCAGCUGACCACCCUCCCGGGGGGCAUCUUUGACACCAACUACAACCUGUUCAACCUGGCCCUGCACAGCAACCCCUGGCAAUGUGACUGUCACCUGACCUACCUCUUUAACUGGCUGCUCCAGUACAGCGACCAUCUCUUCCACAUCAACACCUACUGUGGGGGCCCCGCCUACCUCAAGGGGCAGUCAGUACUCUCUUUGAAGGAAGAACAGCUGGUGUGUCCUGUCACCCGGGAUCGUUUGGGCUUCCAGGUCCACGGGAUAGAUGACAGGGAGCUAGGGGACAUAUGGGAUCUGGCAGUGGAGGAAAGGGCAGUCUGGAGGAGGUGCACCUAUAGCAACCCCGAGGGCACUGUUGUGCUGGCCUGUGACAAGGCCCAAUGUCGCUGGUUGAACAUCCAGCUGUCUCCUAGGCAGGGCUCAGGCUUCCUGGCGAUGAAAUACAAUGCCAGUCAGGAGUGGGACUUGAAGUCCAGCUGCGGCUCCGUGAGAGUCACUGUGUCUAUUGAGGCUCAGGCAGUGGGGCCCUAGCUAUAGGGCAGAUGGAUCUAAGAAUCUGGACAGUAGCUGCUGGGGCCUGACCGGGCAAGGGGCAGGGUAGAUGGGAGCUGGGUCUCCAAAGCUUUGGCUUUUCUGCUGCAAGGGACAUGGUCACAUCUCCAAGGUGGCGGAGGUGGAGUCAAGCCUGUUCUCCCCAGUUUGUCCUCCUCCUCUCCUUCUCCCAUCAUCCCUUCUCGGAGUCUGUGGCCCGACAAGGCCAUCCUUAUUCCUUUCAAAGCACCCUUGAAAGCUGCGCCAGGGUCUGGAGAAUAAACCUCCCCGGCUCCAGUGGUUUGCUAUGACUCAAUCCCACUCCCUCUCCCCACCCCUCUCUCCAGCCCCAAGGAGCGGCCACCAUUGCUCCAGGGACCCCUCCAGCUCAAAACCCACAUGUGUGUUUCAAUGUCUCACCUUGAAAUUUUGUUUUCAAUGGAUACAGAGAUGACAAAGGAAAUGACAGAAGUGGAGGUGGCCAGCGAGGCAGGGCCUGGCUUCGUGCCGGGGCAUGGUGUCAUCAGCGCCCUCCUGUGGCAAGGGGAGGAUGAAAGAGAGCCCUGGGAAGGUCAAGGCCAGCUGGUGGCUCUCAUGACAGGAAGUCCCAGAGGGCAAAGGUGUCUUUGCUGGAUAAACACACAGAGGGCCACUCUGUGAGGAUGCAGGACAGAGUGGAGAGAAGGACAGGGCAGGGACAGGUGAGCCGGGUGGGCUGCGGGGCCGCUUUGGCCACCUGGUUUUCUCGCAGCAUCUGGCUGUCUGGGCUGCUCAUUCCCUGGAAUUGUUCUCCCUUGGUUCUUUCCCUCUUUCUACUUUUUUUCCCUUCCUUCCUUCCUUCCUUCCUUCCUUCCUUCCUUCCUUCCUGUACUGGGGAUUUAACCAAGGAGUGCUUUACCACUGACCUAUAUUUCUGGGCCUUUUCAUCUUUUAUUCUGACACAGGAUCUCACAAAAUUUCUGAGGCUCACCUUGAAUUCAAAGUCCUCUGCCUCAGCUCCCCGAGUCACUGGGAUUAUGGCCAUGUGCCACCGCACUUGGCUCUCCCUUGGGUUUGGAGACACUGCUGCUGACCCACCCCGCUGUACUUUCAGUGUUCCUCACCCACCACCUACACAACAGCCUUUUUAGGGGUCUUAUAUUUCUGCCUCCCCAAUAAUCCCAACUGAGGGCCCCCUCCACACGGAUGACCCCCAAAACUGCUCUUUGGGCUCAGCUCACCUCAGCUACACACUGGCCUCUGCCUGCUUAGCAGCCACAUGCUGGUCUAAACCAAGCUCUAUCCCCAGCUCCUCCUGGGUUUCCGUCCGGCAAAUUGGCAAACCUAAGGAGCUGGAGGUAUCCUCCCAUCUUUCCCCCUCCUUCUCCUUGUAGCCAGUUAGUUAAUGAAUGUCCAGCUUUGGCUUCCAUUUCUCUUUCCCCACCCCCAGAUUCUGUCUCCUUGUCUUCCUUCCUAGUUUCCCAGCUGCAGCAUGGGAAAGUCUUAGGGGUAUGGGGAGCAAUGAAUCAGCCGGGCCCCCCCCCCAGCAGCCUACCACCGGGGCAGAGAUCAGCCAAGAAGGUAGAGGACAGCAGGGCAUGAAGGCGCGUACCUGUAACCCAGCUUCUCAGGAGGAGGCUUACAAGUUUAAGAUCAGCCUGGGAGAGUUAACAAGACCCUGUCACAAAAUGAAAA